AUGACCAGAGAGAUAACUGACAAUAAAGAUAGUGACAUUACGAGGGUGUUUAUCGUAAGACAUGGCCAAACUGAUCAUAAUGUGAAUAAAAUCCUACAAGGACAUUUGGAUACUGACUUAAACGAGUUGGGGAAACAGCAAGCAGUCACUGUUGGAAAGUACCUUUCUCAACUUCCAAUAGACUAUUUCGUAUCAUCAGACUUGACCAGAUGUAGAGAAACAAUAAAAGAGGUUCUUGCUUAUCAAAACAAUAAAGAUAAUGUUAAAUAUACUUCUAAUUUACGAGAACGUGAUAUGGGACAUUGUGAGGGAAUGUAUCUUAAAGAUGCCCUUGCUCAAUUUGGACCUGCAUUUCGUAACUUGGGUGAAAAGGAAGAAGAAUUAUGUGCUCGAGUUGAAACUGAAUGGAAUACCAUACUGAAGCUAAACCAUAAGAAUGUCUUGGUAUGUACUCAUGGUGGUGUAAUUACUAGAUUUACCAACUUUUUGUACACUAAUAUGCAGUAUGAGUUGGAUGAGUCAAUAACCCCACACGAUUUAAAAGUUCCUUUCAAUACUUCAAUCACUGUUAUUGAUAUUAAUAAGAAGACCAAUACUGGUAAGAUACAACAAUUUGGUAAUACUGUACAUUUAGGUGGGAACUUCGAAGUUAAGGAUCAAUUAUUGAGAUAG